CGGGCGGGCGCGUCCCGCCGCCAUGUUAGGCCGCCCGGGGCCCGGCCGGCUCCGUGCUGCUCGGGCCGCCGAGGCUGCGCGGGCCGGCGGGGCAGAGGCGGGGCGAGGGCGGUGUUUCUCUGGGCCGAGGCGCUGCGAGGGGCGGUGCGGGGGCCGCCGACAUGGCCAGGCACGUUUUCCUCACGGGACCCCCAGGGAUUGGAAAGACUACUUUGAUCCAGAAAGUCACUCAGGCACUAAGAUCCUCAGACGUUCCCGUUGAUGGAUUUUACACAGAGGAAGUUAAAGAAGGUGGCAGAAGAAGAGGAUUUGAUGUUGUCACUUUAUCUGGAAAACGAGGUCCUUUAUCUAGAGUCAGUUCUGAUUCUUCUACUUCGAGACGUGAAUAUCGAGUUGGACAGUAUGUUGUAGACCUGGUUUCAUUUGAGCAGUUGGUUCUACCUGUGCUGAGAAAUGUAAACCACAGCAGUGAUACAGAGAAGAAGAUCUGCGUCAUAGACGAGAUUGGUAAAAUGGAGCUCUUCAGCCAGGCAUUUAUUCGAGCUGUUCGUGAAACGUUGACCGACCCUGGUACCGUGGUACUUGGAACGAUUCCAGUACCGAAGGGAAAGCCACUGGAUCUUGUUGAAGAAAUAAGAAGUAGGAAAGAUGUUGAAGUGUUCAACGUUAGUAAGGAAAACAGGAACAACAUUUUGCAAGACAUCUUGGCAGCUGUGGAGUCCUGCAGAAAAUGAACACCUUUUCUUGUCUGUAAACACUAAAACCUUUAUUUUUACAAAACAUAACGCUUUGUGGAUAUUUGAUCUGCCCUUCCUGCUGAAGCUUCUGGAGGCUUUACUGGAGCUUCCAGGGUAAGCAAGGUAAAGCUGGUAAUAUUCUAAACCGUGAAAAUGAGAUGGAAGGGUUCUUGUUCAUCCAGGUCACAAGCUGAUCCAUUCAAAACUUCGAGAGAUCCAUAGUUAACAUGAAAAUCCGACCUGGGUAUUUGAAAGUUAGGCGGUCUGACUCCGAUCCUAGUUACACCAUGUAAAAGUAGUUAGCUGCCAAAUCUGAUAGAGAUCUGAGUCCUUCAGAGUGGUGAGGACUGUUCUGGCCAGAGAGCCGUUGGGGGUCUAUAACAUCCCAUGCAGUAAUGUGCGUUGAGGAACCAGAACUUAGCCCCAGUGUAACAGAACACAACCCUGCCCCAGAAGUAUGUGUGCUCUGCCUGGCUUGUGUAUAAAUAAAUACCUUUGCUAACU